AUGUCGUAUGGGCUACACGGGCGCAUCCUCGAUUCUUUGGAGGCUAGCUAUGCUGACGUGAAGGUUCGGGUCAAGUUGGGGAAUAGGUUGGGACCUGAAUUCACGCGACUGGGCACGAUAGAGCUGAAUGCCUUCUGGGGCUACUCGAAGCCUACUGCGGCGGGUAUGGCCGCGAAUGCUGCCAAGUGUGAAGUCCUCAUUUUCGGGGGCACUACACGUGAGCGGAAGCGGCUAAUGGAAGCUGAGUACCGGGUAGCCGAGGUGCUGGGUUGCACUAAGGCCCAGGAGUGCAGUCCUCAGCAUGUACCAAGCAACUACUCGCAGCAGCUGGGCGGCGGGCCACGUUCGCGCUCAGUACUCUGUGUCGAGAUAAGAAAAUUACCAUCCCGAAGCUAUGUAUGUCUCUUUAUAAUACACUAG